AUGUCUUCGCUCCUACAACAACUCAUCCUAACAUUCCUGACCAUCAACCCGUCUGCAGCGUUCCCGCAAUCGACGGCACCCAACGCCAUUCCGGACUCGCUCUUAUUGCCCAUCACAUCAACCCCCUUUUCGAAUCUGACCGGAGGCAUCGGCGCGGGGACAACCCCCAAUAAGAUAGGCCUCGACUGCUCAACCAGCCCCGACCCUGCCCAUCGCUCUCCCAUAGUCUUCGAAGACUGCCUCGCCGCAAUUGGCAAGACUAAAGCCGAGUCAGACUUCGACUACUUGAUUGACAAGAUCUGGCACACCGCCGACGUUCCUGAGCGGCGAGGGGUCCUCGUCCCUAAGGUCUGGGAAGCUGGUGGAAGUGCGCCCUGCUACAUGAUCGUCAACACCCCCGAGAGCUAUGCUGCAGCACACACUUCGCUCAUAAGCGUAACUUACUAUGCAUCAAUCAUUCUGCAACACUGUGUGUCGGAUGAGAAAGCCCCAGUCGGUGGUCGAUUUUGGCUGGAGGAUGGAGGGUUUUACGUCGAUCUCACGGGAGAUCUGCCGUCGAGACCGGGGGUGACCAAUAAAGGGGCUAGUAAUGGUACUGUGGCAAGCACUGAGGUGCAGUGA